AUGGCAGUGGAGGCCGGAAAGAUAUACUCUUCUCUCAAGGUAAUAUUGCUGGCGAUAUUACUCCUCCGCACGAGCUGUUGCGGAUCUGCGCAUCAGCCGCUGGGGAAUGAAAGCACCCGCAACUGCAAUGGCUCCACGAGCGAAUGCCGCCUUUCCUCCGAUCCAGACGUCGAGUUCUUGAUGGAUUCCGACGUAAACAGACGGCUUCUGCUUGACCCACCAAGAGUUAAUGCUGGCUUAAAGGCAGGACCCUUCGUAGGCACUUGUGGUGGCGGGAAAUCUGUAGGCCGCUGUUUAAACGGAAAGGGGUGCGUAAAGAAAGAUGAUUACUUUCGAGGAUGCUAG